AUGCGUGGGUCUUCUUCUCCUCAGCACACGACGGAGGCGAGAUCUGUUUCUGUAGCUUGUUUUGAUUUGGGAAUUCCUGGUUUUUGUCUAACGUGCGAAUUAGUUGCUACUAUCAUUGUUAAUGGACCUGAAGUCUUGAGCAAGUUUGUUGGUGAAACAAAAAAGAAUGUUAGAGAUCUGUUUGCUGAUGCUGAAAAUGAUCAGAGGACUCGCGGUGAUGAAAGUGAUUUGCAUGUCAUAAUCUUUGAUGAAAUUGAUGCUAUUUGCAAGUCGAGAGGAUCAACCAGGGAUGGUACUGGAGUUCAUGACAGUAUUGUGAAUCAACUGCUUACAAAGAUAGAUGGUGUAGAGGCUUUGAAUAAUGUCUUGCUCAUUGGAAUGACCAACAGAAAGGAUUUACUUGAUGAAGCCCUAUUAAGACCAGGACGGUUGGAGGUUCAAGUUGAGAUAAGCCUGCCUGAUGAGAAUGGUCGUCUACAAAUUCUUCAAAUUCAUACAAAUAAAAUGAAGGAAAAUUCCUUUCUUGCUCCUGAUGUGAACCUUGCAGAACUUGGUACGUGCAUUGGUGAUUAUUACGCCCAAGAAAUGGAGAGGCUAACCGCUAAAGAAUCCCUUAUUCUUGCUGAACAUCUAAAGGAGAUGAAAUUGUUUAGUGAUUUUCCUCUUCUUGUGGAUUUGCAAUCUCUUUUAUUUUAG